CCAUCAUUCGUAGCUGCUCAUGGCCGCCGUCGUUGAAGAAGGUGAGGUGUAGACAUACAACUUGUUUUAUGUGAUAAGAAUCGGGGAGUUAUACUUAUGGAUUCAAAACAAUUUUCGUGACAAAUAUAACAAUGGAAAAAUUAUAUCAGAGACUGUGUCUGUCAUGGGGUACUCAAUUUAACGAGAGAGAACUGUCUUUUGCACGGGUUUGAAGUCUGAAAAAUGGCAUCCAAUUCUGAUAAAAUGGCCGUGACAGUGGAUAACCAUACGAAUACUCCAGUUAACGAGCACACUGAGACCGACGUUAAAGUAGUGGUGGCUACAAGUAAGGUUGUCUCGGACGGAGUUCACAAAAAGAAGACAUUUAAGAUCACAAGUAUCACCAAGAACCGAGGUGGAAGUAGCGAGGCCCCGAUUGGGGAACUGGAUGGGGACUCGUUAGAGGAUUUGGAUGAGACCGUGGAGAGUCACACGGAGGACGCGAGUUCUGAAAUUCUGGAUGGGUCAAAGUAUGAGGAUGUGGGGGAACAGAGUCCCCUAGAGGACAAUAAUUUCUCAACAGAAGCUGAGCUUGAGGCAGGGAAAGAGCCCAAGGAGCACACUGUCACAAGGUUUAAGGUUGUCAAGGUAGAGACCAAGGAACCGUUUCGCAGGGGGCGAUGGACGUGUCGUGACUCUCUGGACACCCCCGCCGUGUCCGAAGGAAGCGACACAAAAAUCAGUUUUAAGGACAAGGAGAAAACCAAUUCUGGCAACUCGAGUGCGUGCAGUUCUGUUCACUAUGAUUAUGGUCAGGACGACCCUUCCAAAAAUCCACUACAUACUGGUCACACGUUGAAUCAAGUGAACGAUCAGUUGAAUGAAGUGCUACAGAAUCAACCCACUGGACUAGUUAUGAAUCAGAAUCCCGUCAAUGUCCACAUGACACAGACGGGUCAGUUAGUUUGGAGCGACGGUACGCAAAUGCCGCAGUCGUCGAUUAAUCUCGCUCACUCGUACGGAAUGCAUCCGAAUCCCUCCAAUCCUAACAUGAAUCAGAUGCACAAACUUUUAUAUGGUGUACCAACAAUGAGUGAUCAAGCAACUUUGCAAUCCUAUAUAAAUGCCAUGAACAUAAGUGUUACAGGGGCCUCCAACUUUGCCCCUACAAACCAGUCGGUAGUGAGUGUAAGUCAGGGUCCCGCUCAGCAACAGUCAGUGUCAGUACAAGCCAUACAGAAUGGACACCAUGGGCACAUACACAAUUCUAAUGCCCCUGUGAUAACCUCCCUUCCAAACAGCAUUAAUGUCUCUGCCGGUGGUGACAAAGACUAUACUCAACAACCGACAAACAUUCACCCACAGACUUCUCUGAACCCCAGUAAUGAUGUAUACAGUGUUCCCCAAAUAGCGCCCACGAGUCAAAUUCAUUCCCCCGGGGAAUACCAGGAGGUCAAAGUGUCUGAAAGUCCAAAUGUAGUACCCAGUAAUUUACCCAUCAACAUGUCAGCUAGUCAGUCUCAAACGGAUCAAGUUGCCAAAGCCAGUGAAAACAUAUCAGAGGGCGUCCCCACAGACCCACAGAGCCAGAGGGAGGGUGAGGAGCUGGGGAACCCCUCCCUGACCCCAAUACUGACCGAGUCUGCUGUGGCUGAAGCUGUAGGCAGCAUUGCUAGUCCAACCAAAGAAGACGCAGAGAGUGGUUCAAGUACCGUGGCCAUUGACAACAAGAUAGAACAAGCAAUGGACUUGGUAAAGAGCCAUUUGAUGUACGCCGUCAGAGAAGAGGUGGAGGUUCUCAAAGAACAGAUCAAGGAACUCAUCGAGAAGAACUCGCAACUCGAGCACGAGAACAACAUCCUGAAGGCGGCCGCGAGUCCGGAGACACUGACCCUGCUGAGUCAGCCCCGCCAGCCCCCACCCCCAUCCUCAUCGUCAUGACAACCUGUCCCCUAGGGCCCGAGAUGGCCCAACCCUGCUACAAGCUUCUAGUGGCCCGGUAACCACGGAGGACACCGCAAGGGAUGCAUAACCCGUAGUCCUGACAACCCAAUAUCCAGAGAGAGGCUGCCAGUCAGAUGAGAUAUAGAGUCUGUUGGUGGAAGCUGAGACAAGCAUUGGGACUCAGUGCUCGGUGUGAUGGAGGUCUGAACUUUGGGUUCGGAUCGUGUUGUGGAUUAUUUCCGUAAAAUAUGUAGAUAUACUCAUCUGAUGAUACCGGUACACAAAGAUUGUUAAUGUGUAAUAUAUGUCAUGACAUUUUAAAGUGACACUAAAAAAACGUUUGGAAAAAAAAACCAUGUACAUUUCCAGGUCAUUAUUUGCCAUUCCUAAUGUUUUGAUGUAAUUAGAUGCUUGGUAUUCUGAUCUCCAGACAGGAGAAUCUGUGUAGAGCAUAAAUAUAUAAAAGGAUCAGCUUUUGUUUGGUUAUUGUAUGAUCACAAAAAUUCCUUUCUAAUUAGAUUUUAUUGAAAAAAAUGUUGUUUUAAAAACACCAAUGUCAUUGAGGGCUUUUCUGGCAUGCCAGACGGAUUGGAUCUGGCCACCUCAGACUUCUUUGUGCUCAGUUGGUGCUUUUAGAAAAUGAUUAGGUUUUAUUGGGCAUAAACAAGAGAAUGUCUCGGCCAGCACUAUAGGGAAGAAUUCUUCACCAUAAAAAAUCCAUCUGAUUCAUUUUAUUGAAAUGUGCAAGUGGGAUUUUAUAUCAAUGUUUAGGAAUUAUUGGAGAUUUCGUACAUAUGUCGCCAAAUAUGUAAAUACAUGUAUUUAAAAGAAGUCUCUAUAUUCUUUGUGGAAAAAAUACUAUUUUUUAAUAGAACUGACCUUGGUAAAGAUUUGUUCACAAUACGUCAAUUUGUUUACUAGCCAUUGCCACCUGUUUUACCCUUUUCUCUUCCUCUCUCCAUUGAUAUCAUACAAAUGAUCUUUCCAUAUCAUUUGUAAUUAUUGUCUUCUAGAAGUUUUUAUAAAUUAGUGGAGCAACCAAAAAUAAACAAAAUGAAUUGAGAAAUGUGGAGUGACGAGGGCUGAGCUAUUGGGUCAUGGCUUUUUAUGAUUGAUUUUAUAAAUCAUUGUUACUGUUUCCUUCUGUUUUUAUUGAUGAUAUCAUUUGUAAAUCAGUGUUCCUAAAUUGAAAAUUAGCUUAUGAUGAACAGUGAGUGAGAAGGGCUCUGUUGAGAAACUCUAGAGUUUGGACAAAAAAAGUGCUGCAAUGUGUCUGUGAUGAGGGAAAAAAAACUCUGUUCUGUCACAGACAGCGACAAUUGUUUAUGUGUUAACAGUAGCAUUAAUUCAUUCAAAUGUAUUUUAAAACAUGUGAUAAGCUUGGAAACAAAGUAAUCUAUAAUAAAAGUUGUAUAUAUAUAAA